AUGGGAUUUUUUUCAUUGUUGGAGGUGGCUUCUAUGCCAGUUAUUCAAGUUCUUAUCAUAAGUCUUGUUGGAGCUUUCUUAGCCACUGAUCGAUGCAAGCUCUUCCCUGUCGAAGCUCGCAAUUCCAUGAACAAGGUGGUGUUUGUGAUAUUUGCACCGGCUCUCAUGUUUGCAAAUCUAGCCCAGACGGUCACACUUCAGGAUAUGAUCUCAUGGUGGUUUAUGCCGGUGAAUAUGGGACUUACAUUCUUAAUUGGAGGGAUUCUUGGUUGGAUGGUUGUUAAGAUUCUGAAACCACCUCCUUAUCUUGAAGGUCUUAUUGUUGCAACUUCUUCAUCAGGGAAUAUGGGGAACCUACCAAUCAUACUUGUCCCAGCUAUCUGCGACGAGGACAAGAGUCCAUUUGGUAACAGGAGUGUUUGUAGAACCGUUGGGCUCUCUUACGCAUCUUUCUCCAUGGCGCUAGGGGGUUUCUACAUAUGGACUUACACAUUCCGGUUGAUAAAAGGGUCGGCGAUGAAACUAAGAGACAUAGAAGAAUCGGAGAAAGCAACGAUUAAAUCAUCAAAUAGUGACUUAGAGGCUGAUCACAAGACACAACUCCUCCUAGGUGCAUCUCAAGACAAGAAAACGAGUGUGGUUAAGGAAGAGACAGGUUUUUGGAGAAAAGGAGUAGACUUGGUGCAUGAGAUACUAGAGGAGCUUCUCGCACCACCAACACUUGGUGCAAUUGUUGGUUUCUUCUUCGGUGCAGUUAAAUGGCUGAGAAAUCUUAUCAUAGGUGAUGAUGCUCCUUUACGUAUAAUCCAAGGCACUGCAAAACUUCUUGGAGACGGAACCAUUCCAUGUAUGACGAUUAUACUAGGAGGCAACCUCAUACAAGGUUUACGUUCUUCGGCAGUCAAACCAGUGGUUGUACUUGGAAUAGUCUGUGUUCGGUACAUAAUUCUACCGAUUAUCGGUAUAGGAGUCGUCAAAACAGCUGAGAGCUUCGGGUUUCUUCCACAAGAUCCUUUGUUUCAGUAUGUUUUAAUGCUUCAGUUCACACUCCCUCCUGCCAUGAAUAUCGGUACCAUGACACAGCUGUAUAAUGUUGGGCAAGACGAGUGCUCAGUGCUCAUGCUUUGGACAUACUUGAUUGCGAUUCUGGCCCUCACUGUUUGGUCCACAAUCUUCCUUCACUUGUUAGUCUAGGAAAAAACCUGCAAUUCUGUGCAAGAACAACAAGAUUUACAUCUCUCUUCAAUGAGGGAAACAGAGGCAACAAAGAUCCUCUCGUCAAGGGAUCUCAACAUUCUUUUCUCUCUUAAUCUGAUCAUAACAGAUCAGAUUUUUUUUUCUGGUUCCAUUUGUACCUUUAGCAAGUCUUCAUUCUUGACCCAAUUGUAUCAAGUAUUACAUGAAUUUAAUGAAAAGCCAUAUGGUU